AUGGAGAUUGCGCACGACAACGACGUGGACCUAGAAUGUGCAUGCGAGGGCUCCCUGGCAUGCUCCACAUGCCACGUAAUCGUGGAGUCCCAAGAACAGUUUGACAGCCUGCCAGAGGCGACGGACGACGAGAACGACAUGCUGGACCUGGCCUUUGGGCUCACUGAAACCUCGCGCCUGGGCUGCCAGAUCAUCACCACCCCAGAGCUGGACGGGUUGCGGGUCCGCAUCCCCAGCUCCACCCGGAACUUUGCGGUGGACGGCUACGUGCCCAAGCCCCACUGA